AAACGCCGCCACCAUUAUCCGUCCCCGCUCCGAAAGUCGGUUCCCCGCCUCCCUGCCGGAGCCGGGGCGGGCGGCGGGGCGAGGGGAGGCUGAGGAAGUGCGGGGUGGUGAAAAAGAAAGAGAAAACAGGCGGGCACAGGGCUCGCCCGGCCGCCGCCGAGCGGCCAUCGCGGCUGGGAAGCGGGGCGGGCGGGGGGGGGGGGGAACGGAGACACACACACACACACACACACACACCCCGCAUCCAUGGAGUUACCGGGCGGGAGCUCCUAAGGAGGGCCCGGCAAUGACACCGGAUUGAGGGGGGCUCUCCCCGGCCCCGGGGAGGGGGGGGGGAUUGCGGGAGCAUCCCCCCGCCCUCCUCCCCGCCCGUCACCCCAGAGACAGCCUCAACUCUUGGAGGACACUCCGCUGGCAAAGAUGGAAGAAAAACGACGCAAGUACUCGAUCAGCAGUGAUAACUCAGACACCACUGACAGUCAUACCACGUCCGCCUCCAGAUGCUCCAAAAUUCCAAAUACCAAAUCCACCUGGUCACGGCAGAAGGAGAAGAAGCCCUCUGAGGUUUUCCGUACGGAUCUGAUAACGGCCAUGAAGAUCCCCGACUCGUUCCAGCUGAGCCCCGAUGAGUACUACGUCCUGGCCGAUCCCUGGAGGCAGGAGUGGGAGAAGGGCGUCCAGGUGCCGGCGAGUGCUGAGGCCAUCCCCGAGCCCGUGGUCAGGAUCAUACCCCAACUGGAGAACUCGCCGUCCCAGGUUUCACCGAGUAGCCUGCCUGGCUCCGAGAUUUCGGAAGCUACAAGGACUUACUUGCAAGGAGUGAGCCGCUAUGACCUGGAUGAGCUCGAUGCUUGCUGGUUGGAACUCGUUAAUAUGGAGCUCAAGGAGAUGGAAAAGCCCGAGCUGGAUGAGAUCACCCUGGAGCGAGUGCUGGAGGAGCUGGAGACCAUGUGCUACGAGAACAUGAACAUCGCCAUCGAAACGGAGGAGGGCUUGGGCAUCGAGUACGAUGAGGACGUGGUGUGCGAUGUCUGCCGCUCGCCGGAGGGGGAGGACGGCAACGAGAUGGUCUUCUGUGACAAGUGCAACGUCUGCGUGCACCAGGCGUGCUACGGCAUCCUGAAGGUCCCCAUUGGGAGCUGGCUGUGCCGGACCUGCGCCCUCGGGGUCCAGCCCAAGUGUCUACUGUGCCCGAAGAGAGGGGGAGCGCUGAAGCCCACCCGGAGCGGGACGAAAUGGGUCCACGUUAGCUGUGCCUUAUGGAUACCUGAAGUUAGCAUUGGAUGUCCUGAAAAAAUGGAACCCAUUACGAAGAUCUCACAUAUCCCAGCAAGCAGAUGGGCUUUGUCCUGCAGCCUUUGCAAGGAGUGCACUGGGACAUGUAUUCAGUGCUCCAUGCCCGCCUGCGUCACCGCGUUCCACGUCACCUGCGCCUUCGACCACAACCUCGACAUGCGGACUAUUCUAGCAGACAACGAUGAAGUGAAGUUCAAGUCCUUCUGCCUUGAGCACAGCACCGGUGCCACCAAGCUGCCCGAGGAGGCACGGACAGAGCCCGACCAAGCCCAGCUGGACUUGGAGAAGGUCACACUGCGGAAGCAGAAGCUCCAGCAGCUGGAGGAGGACUUCUAUGAACUUGUGAAGCCUUCGGAGGUGGCGGAGAACCUUGACUUAAGCGAAUCGCUGGUGGAUUUUGUCUACCAGUACUGGAAGCUGAAGAGGAAAGCAAAUUCCAACAAACCGCUGCUGACACCAAAAACAGAUGAGGUGGACAACUUGGCCCAGCAAGAACAGGAUGUUCUCUACCGACGCUUAAAGCUCUUCAUGCACCUCAGGCAAGACCUGGAGAGGGUUAGAAAUCUCUGUUACAUGGUGACGAGACGGGAGAAAAUGAAACACACCAUUUGUAAACUCCAGGAGCAGAUCUUCCAUCUCCAGAUGAAGCUUAUUGAGAAAGAACUUUACCCAGAACAAACGGGGAAGAAGACAAAGGGUAAGAAAAGUGACCUGAGAAGGAAAGGAAGAGAUGGUAGAAAAAAUAGUCCUGAGAAGAAAGAGAAAAGGAAAUCAGUCAACGAAACUGUGUUGGGACAACUGGGCUUGUCAACCUCCUUCCCCAUCGACGGGACCUUCUUCAACAGCUGGUUGGCGCAGUCGGUCCAGAUCACCGCCGAGAACAUGGCGAUGAGCGAGUGGUCCCUCAACAACGCCCACCACGAGGACAGCACCCCCGGCCUCUCAGAGGAGCUCCUCCAGGAUGAGGAGACCUUGCUGAGCUUCAUGAUGGACCAUUCCCUCCGGUCCCCGUUCAAGCAGAGCGAGGCCACAAAGAAAGUGAAAAGCAAAACGAGAACGAACACUAAGAAAAAGCUGCCCAGGAGCAGCCCCCCGGCUGUGGUUGGGAGCCACCCAGAGAGCUCGGAGCCCUGGACUAACAACGCCAGCGACUUGUCGGAUGAUGCCACCAAGCCCUUCGCUCCCGAUUCCAGACCGAGCAAGUCGGAGAAAGGGGCGGCAAAGCCUCCCACCGACCGCAAAGGGACGGGCGAGGCCAAAAAGGCGGCCAAAAAGGGCUCUCUGCCGAAAGCUGGCGAGUCUCACCCCCAGGCUGGGGCGAGGGGUUGCCUCAGCAAGGAGGAGGAAGAGGAGGAGGAGGAGGAAGAGGAAGAGGAGGAGACGCCGCACUGCGCUCAGCCGGAGCCCAGCCCUGCGGCCAAAGUGCCUGACUCCGUAGGUAGCCCCAAAACCAUCGUGCGGUUCAAAUUACCAAAGGAGAGCCGGGGGACUCGGCGGUCACAGCCCCCCAAGCCCGAGGGCGCCAGCGGAGCUCCCUUGCGUCGUUUCGACGCCGAGACGGACGGCUACUUCUCCGACGCAGAGAUGAGCGACUCGGACGGGGAGUCCCGCGGCGGCAGGGCGCAGCGGGGCCAGCUGGAGGCGGCCGGCGAGGACAUCGUCAGGAUGAGCAUCCUGGCAUCCUAACUCCUCCCGAGUGCCCCGGCGCCACGAGGCCUCAACCCAGUUACAACUGCCAUGUCCAAUUCCUGCCUGGUGUCACAGCAAGGGGGAUUUUUAAUAUGUGUAUAUAGUUGGAAAUUCGGCACUGUUGUCUUUCUCUUCUCUAUACGCCUGAGAUCCAGCUUCAGCUUCACCGACAUCGAUGACCGUGACAGCAGUGGUCCCUCCCCGGCUCCCUGACGUCCCCUGCUUCCCGGGAACGCAAACCGGCGCCCGGCGGGACCCAUGCCGGGGGUGCCGAGAGGGCGGAGGGUGCCGGUACCUGUGCUUUCUGCAGGGAUGACAGUUUAAUUAAUGGGCAUUACUUAACGAGGGGCAGAUUUCUGCCCGAGAUGGUUGCCCCCGGAGCAGGGAGCGAGCGGAGGGUACGGUAGCGGCCAGCUGCGGGAGGGGAAAUCAAUACCCGCCUGCGUGCGCGUAUACGAGGAAGCGGAAUAAGCGAUACUAAAAUAAAUAAUGACUAAAGCACAAAAAGCUUGUUGGAGGAAAGCGCUUGGGGUGGAAGAGAGCAACGUUACGUUUCUAUUAUUAGAAAAACGAAACAAAACAAAACAAAACACCCUCGGUCAUUAUUUUUCCCCUCACCGUUCCAUCUGGUUGGGAUCCAUCCAGGGGCCAGGUUGCAGAAUUUCUCCCCCUCCUUGUCCUGUGGGAUGCGGGCGGUGUCGGACCCCGCUGCGGUCGUUAGAAAAACUGAAGUGAUUUACUCAGGUGCAUUGGUCAGCUGUUAGCAGGCUGGGGAGUGGAGAUGCGGGGCGGGAUGGAGGAGAAAAGCAUCCUUUAAAAUCAGGGUGAGGAGUCGGGGUUGGUGUAACCCGGGAGGCGGAGCGAGGCCGUUCUGCCCGUGCUUCCCUCCCAUGGUCCCACCGUGACACCCCCUUUGCACAACGAAACGCUUGGCCCCGGGGGCAAACGUCCCAUCACCGAGGGGAAAUGGAAACACUUGCCUUCACCAUUUUGUUUUCCUACUAAACGCUACAAUGGAAACGGUGAAUUUAUUCCUCCCCAUUCUUAUUUUUUUUUAAUUAUUGUUAUUAUUAUUCUUCAAUCCUGGUUACAAGCUGUUGACUUGUUGUGGGAGGGUGAUUCACAGAAGCUGACAUUAUGAAUAUUACAAUAAUUUAAUGCAUAAAAUGUCCCAAAUAAGCCUUAAAUGUUGUUUAAAAGCCCAUGUUACCUACAAGUCAGGCGAAUUUCCAUGUUUGCACUUAAUUGCACCAUUACUUCGGUUUUGGCUUCAAAGGUCACAGUUAAGUCGUGCUACGUGUUUUAUUGGAGUGACCCCAGUGUGAGCUCAGGGAACAAAAAAAAAAAAAAAAAGGAAUUCACUGAAACUUUUGUUGUUGUUGUUUUUUAAAAAUAAAAAAUGUUUAAAAAAAAAAACUAAAAAAAAAAAAAAAACAGACACCAAACCUGGGACACUUCUGCAACCGGUUAAACCCAUCACUAAACAAAAAAAAAACCUUGCAAUUGUCAAACCAAUCAGUCAAAUAAUUUUGUGGAUGCCAAAGAAUAUUUUGACAGUCAAGCAGCACAGCCAGAAACCGGAAACUUGUCAUUACGGAAAAAAAAAAAUAAAAAAAAUUGGAAGUUAUUUAGCAACAAAAGGACUAAAGACACACUCAUAACACACUGCUGCGGCGUUAGGUUCCAAGCUUGCUCCGAGGGAUGCUGCUGCUCCGAGACCGCAUCCUGCCGUUUUGAUUUCCGAUGCUUUUUGCUCAUUUCACUGUGAGCUUUCUUUUGAAACUCUGGAGACUCCUUCGAUUGACGUUUUUUUAGAGUAGAUCGUCUUUAUCAGCCUUCCAAAAGUCCUGAUUAGCGAUGAAAUUGCAGCAGAGAUGAGCGAUGGCAGCCUCGCUCACCCCCAGCACGGCGAGCGCCCGCUGCCGGCCCCGGCUGAGCCCGACAAAAACCCGGCUGAGACCCACCGUGUCUGGCGGGGGCGGGGGGGGGGGGGCGGAAAAAAUCUUCCUCAGAUGGGAGAAAUGUUACACGAGUUAUUAGCAGGAGGAAAAAAAAACAAAAAAAAAAACCAAAAAAAAAACAACCAACCAACAGAAAAAUCAACAAAACGGGAACCACCUUUGUUAUAAAUUUGCAUAAUCCAUUGAGGUUGGAAAUGAAAAAUCUGCUCAUUAAUUAAGGCUCAGUAUGUUCAGAUAAUGUUAAAUACAGUAAAUAGGACUUAGUUUAUCUUAUCAGGCUUGCUAGCUUUAGCUACAGUAUCCUAGUAUAAGAGUCAUAACAAUAAUCAAUAUGCUGCCUUUUAAUGAAUCUUGCUUCCGUGUGCUUCACUCAAUUAUGGUUAAAAAAAAAAAGCAAUCCACAAAUUUCACUGUACACAGCUCCAUUCAUCAGCUUCUGCACUACUUGUCUUCUCAGUACAGGAAAGCAAAAAGCCGGGGGGGGAGAGACUUUAAAGAACAACCAACACCGGCGCUGCCAGCACCAGGCAAUAAAAGUUAGAAACGCUCCCAAAAUGUCGGUAUUUUACCAUCGGGAGAUGGCGUUGAGGUGGGAAAAGCUAAAGGGGGCUGGCGGGGCAUGUCAGAGCCGGGGAGAAGAAUGGGGGUGGGGGAAUAAGAGGGGAGAAAAGGGGACCCGCGGAGAAAAGGGGCUGCCCGGGACGAGGGCUGGACCAUCCCGGCGCAUCCUCGCCAUCGCCCGGCCUUGGAGCAGGGGAGCCGGGUGUUCAGGAGAGGAAAAUAAUGCACAAGGCAAAUAUUUUUGAUGUUACUGUAAAUGUAUUUUGAAACGAAUAGAAAGAGAAAAAUAAAUAAAUAAAUAAAAGGGUUUAUUUUAGUAGAGAAAUGUUGUCUUUUAAGAUGUAUAAACUGCAGGAAUCGACGUUUGCACUGUAAGAGCAGCCGUUUCCCCGGAGAAGCCGUUGGUAGUUGAGAUGAGGAUGCAAAGCGCAUCCCGCCCUGAUCAUGGACCACAGCCCCGACAUCGCCCCCGGCCCCCGAUGGCUGCAGGCUUUCCCGAGGACGGCUCCGAUUCCACACACCCCUCUUCCCCACACCCAUUUUUUUUUUUUUUAAUUAUUAUUUCCGUUUUGCUUGCACCUAUUUUACGGGGUUUGGAUGCCUGCUGUCCCAUGGAGCUUGCCCCAAGGUGUGGGGGGCUGGAGCGGAGCCGGGAUGCGGGAUGCGGGAGAGGGAUGCUGCUGCUGCAGGGCAGGGCGUGAGGUUUGGUUGUUCUUUAAGGAAAUCUCCCCCCGCGGUUUUGCGCCAUGCCACAUACAAAACAGACCCACUUCACAUCAGUUACAGGAAACGAUAUGAAUGUCGCAGGAGGAGAAACCCUUCUGUUUUCUUUGUUUCAAAGAACGUGAUGUGCCAUUUGUUAAUAUAAAAGAGAAAUAUUGAAAAUAUAUUGAAAAGAGCAAUUUUAAAUUAUUUUUGGCUUAUGUUGCAAUAUUUAUUUUCUUGUAUUAGAAAUUCCUUUGUAGAGAAAAAAUGUAUUUUUCAUUAAUGCAAAAACCUAUUUCUCCUUUUUGUACAUUUUCCAUGUUAGUUAAUCCUUAAAGCAAUAUAAUGUUAUCAAACUCGUUCUGUGUGAGACUGUAUUAUGCAUGCUAUUUGUGUUGCCUUGGAAUAGCUCUGUCUGCCAUUAUUUUCAUCCUGUUUAGAUACAGUGUAUGCUUUAAUACACAUUGGGACCAUGGCCCAUUGCUUAUGAAAAAAAACCCAACCCUUUGCAUUCCUCAAUGUGUUGGCAAAUGCAGUCAAUAAAGCAGUGUUUUCUGUGUA